UCUUCUCAGUACUUUUCGUUAGUUGCCUAAGCCUGUGGGGGGAGGGGCUGUUUAGUGAUUUCUUAUCCCGUAAUAUUUGUUCWAGAUGACACCAUCUUUGUUCUUGGUCAGUGAGCGGUGGAUUACAGGUCAGGCUACUGUUGCAAAAAAUAUAUUUUCAAAAAUCUCAUGUCCGUCAAGAGGUUUUCACGGGUAUUGAUGUCAUAAACAAUUAUCCGAUGCGUAUAAAAUCUUUUUAGCCACAAAAGAAUUCCCGAAUAAUUGGUUUAUAGCUUUGUUACUGCUCUUAAGGCUCAUGAUUUAGGUUACAAUAAAGUAAAUACCAACUACAAURGGCUUUGCUUUAGUAAAUAGAAUUAUGGUAAUGACACACUACCAUGUUAUUAAGCAACGKUGUUGAAAUUCAAUGCAACAUUUUAAGGAGUUUUGGGUACAAUUAGCACAUGACUCGGCAAAGCGAUUGCUGUGGAAGAUUUUUACAUGGUCCAAGACUAAUGUGACAUAGAACUGAUGAGUUUCAGAYCUUCGUGUUUGCCAUCGGUUGUUUCUGUUGAUGUCUCAUCGCUUUCUGAAGACGAGCUUUCUUCUCAGUGAUAGUAUAGCAAGUUCUUGAAAGCCAUUUAACGAYUUGUGAAAAAGGGAGUGCCAGUGGGGAAUAGAUUUUGAAUAAURCUUUAGUUUCGACAACUUUUUACCAAAUCAGAAAGCCAGGCAUAUGGCAKCCAAAAGCAAGUCGAAGACGAAAUGUCUUGGCGCGGAUCCGUCGUUAGGAAAGAUGGGYCAAAGAAUGAUUAAUGCAAUGUUGAGAGAAGAGCGCAUUGCAGAUAGAGAUCUACARGAAAAGUUGAAAGUCAUUUCAGAGAAAGAACAUAAAGCAAUGGUAAAGCUUGGCUGUGAUUCCCUGGACGUCAGACAUGACCUGUCUCUUCAUAGAGCGAGGUCUCCUAGUCCAUUGUCAUGGGAGAAUACAAGUACUUCAGACUCUAAAGAUCAAAAUGAUCAAAGUUGUGAAAGUUUGUCUCGUCCGAAACUAGGACGCAAAGCAAUGAGUAUGUUAACAUUUUCAACAAAGCAAGAAAACAUUGUACAUGUAACUGAUCUCAGACGUACAAACAGCGAGGAAGUUAGGAACAAUAGUAAAAUAACUCCUAAAAGUCCGACUAUAGUUGUUAACAGGGACAACAAGGAACCUGACAAAGUUAAUCAAAGUGAAGUGGAUGCAAGUAAAGUUAAAAAUUUAAGUUUGAUUGACAACUCAGGCGAGGGAAAGCCGAGUUCGCUGAGAUCACCUCGAUUGCUUCAACGCAGACCAGUAUCAGACAUUAGCGCUUAUAAUGCUUCUCAACCAUCUUCGUCUAACAAUAAUGACGAAGUAUUUGUUGAACAGAUAUCCUUGCGGAAGGGUGUAUGCAGUGAUAAGCARUUUACACCAAAAGCACCUUCCACCCCACCCCCUGCCAGAGGAAAUUUGAACGCUUUAUCAGCAGAUACAAGAAAACCUCGACCCUCCUCAGCACGAUCCAUAAGAUCAAGGUCACCUGCCAGAGGGGCAGAGUGUCAAAGGAUGGACCCUCCUCAGAAUCUGAAGCCAAGAGGCCGUUCACCAUCACCCUCCCCUAUGCGGCUAUCGGCAGACACUCCUAUUGUAAAUCUUGGCCGRAGAGGUUCGGCUCCUUCAAAGAUCGAUGCUAGCGUGCUACCCAUCAAUUCACCUCUCCGCAGGGCCCUUGGRACUACUGACGUCAGUCUUCGUCCAGGUUCGCAUGAAGAUUUGCGCAGACACAUUUCGUCAACAGAGGAAGACUUGCAAGAUCGCGUUUCAGUGUUUUUGAAAACGUUACAGAAAAAAUGAUACCGAURUAAUUUACGUGKUUUUUUAUAUCUUUUACCAUAGUCCCGUGAGAAUAUUGCAUGUUGUUUGUCGGGAAUURAAUAUAAAGUACAACAACAAUUUUAGUAAUAAUUUCACACUACAAAAUUACAAAAAUYCUUUGYCYUCGCAAUUAGUUAACACUAUUCGGGACGAGGGCGAAAGGGUAAUCAGAAAACGAAAAUGUUUAUAAGUAAUGGUAGUUUCGACAGAUUGACAAUGGGAAAUUGCUUACAGGGGGGCGUUGUGUCAUUUCAAGUAGAUUCAGGUCUCAUAUCAUUCCCUGACUGUUUGUUUAUUGUUGCARGGAUUAAGGGACUAUGCCCUUCAAUUCAAUGAAUCUUAUCGAAAAGAAUUUAAAAAAAACGGAAUAUGGUCUUGAUUUAGUUAGCUYGYGAAUAUAGAAAUCGUCYUUAACGCGCAGCGUUGUGAAGAUGAAWCAUGAUUGGCUUCUAUAUUGGCCACUCAUAAACUUAUUACCAUUUAGCGAGGAGCUACUUUUAUCCGAGACGAACUGAACACAUAUACUCUACCACAGAAUCUAUGCCACGAAACAAUAUGACCGAACUAAAUUUAAUAAUGACAAUAUUUUAGCAUGAAUAAUUCCAUUCAGGUUUUCCAAUUAGAACAAUUAAAAUGGCCGGUUCGCUGGUGKCAGUUUUCAAUAGAGACAGCCACAAAAAUGUAUACUUAAUUAAUUCGCACUCAAACAUAUACAAGUGGCUGUACUAAAAUUAACUACAACGAAAACCACAAAUUAUGAMAUGGAUGGUGGCUCGUGUGUUUUGUAAACGUUUUGACCUGUGAGGCCGAGGAGCACCUUUCCGUGACCACCAGUGAAGAUUAACUCACUUUUGAGCUUGUAAACCAUCAAAUAUUUAAAAUUCACAAUUUUAAGUGCCACUCCCGAUUUCUCAAAUAUGGA